AUGUCUGACUAUGAACAUUUAAAGUGGAACCAGGACAUGAAACUUUUUUUGCAAACCCUUCAGCUGUCCCACACUGAUCGGUUCCUUGAAUCCUACACAACCCGAGCUCUGCCGGGCCGCCCAGGCUGCCCUAAGCCCUUGAUCCUGCUGCCGCCCUCGCACCAGCAGCAGCCGCCACAGCGGCCUCAGCCGCCGCCGCUGCCGCCGCCGCUGCAGGAUUCGUCCAAGCCGGUGGUCCCUCAGAGGCCCGGCCCGGCCCCGACCAUGGUAGGCACUGCGCCGCCGGCUUCCGGCUCGGACCCGUCCGCCAUUCCGCGCCCGACCCCGCCGCCCGCAGUCACCUCGGCCCCGCCAGGGGCGCCUCCGUCCGCUCAGCCGACUAGCGACGUCCCCACCACUCCCGCGCCGCCUCCACCCGCGCACAGCCUGGACCCAGGGCCUAAGCAGGGCCCAGGCUCCAAAAGCCCCAUAGGCGGCAAGCAGCCUGGAGAGCUGAAGCCUGGCGUCCGCUGGGACCUGAACGCUCCUGGUGGCCACUCCCAGCCACUGCAGGAAGGAGGCGGGGAGCCUUACCACCAGGAGCCCCGCCAGGGUCCCUCGCCCGGCGGCCACGGCGAGGAGAAGAUGGCUCUCCUGAGGAGGCCUGGAGAGAAAACUUACACACAGCGUUGUCAGUUGUUUGUUGGGAAACUACCUUAUGAUGUCACAGAGGAUGAAUUAAAAAGACUAUUUGCAAAAUACGGAGAACCAAGAAACAUUUUUGUCCAUCAAUACAAAGGAUAUGGACUUAUUAGACUUGAAACUAAAGCCUUGGCUCAACUUGCCAAAGCUGAACUUGAUGAUACGUGCGUGAGAGGCAGUAAGAUUCAGAUUCGCUUCGCCAGACGUAAUAAUGCCUUCUCUGUUCGUAAUCUUUCACCUUAUGUUACCAAUGAACUGUUGGAAGAAGCUUUUAGCCAGUUUGGUCCUGUUGAAAGUGCUGUUGUAAUUGUGGAUGGUCGUGGAAGAUCUACAGGGAAAGGCAUUGUUGAAUUUGAAACUCUCAAAGCCAAAAUGAAAGCAUACCAACGGUGCUCUCAAGGUGUUUUCCUACUGACGACAACUCCUCGUCCAGUUAUUGUGGAACCUCUUGAACAAUUCAAUGAUGAAGAUGGUUAUCCUGAAAAAUUGGCUGAGAGGAAUUCAAAGUAUCAAAAGGCGAGAAAAAAGCCACCUCGUUUUGCUGAGUGUGGCACAUUUGAGUAUGAAUAUUCUCAGAGGUGGAAGUUCUUGUAUGAAAUGGAAAAAGAGCAAAGGGAACAAGUUGAAAAAAACAUAGACAAUGCAAAAAGGCAGUUGGAAAGAGAAAUAGAAGAUGCCUACCAGGCAAAUCUUUUGCGCCAAGGUCUGAUGACACAGCCGGGAGAAAUAAGAGGUGGGGAAGAACUUCACGAUCAAAAGCAACGGAGACAAGAGGAGGAACAGCAUAGAAGAGAUGAAGAGAUGAUCUACCAAUGUGAAAUGGAAGAAAUGAGACACCAAGGAGAAGAAAGUUAUAGCCAGAUGGACUACGAGGAUCCAAGUGAAAGAGACUUGAGAACAGGUCGGGGAGGAGCCACGAACAUGGGAGCUCACUAUGGUUCAGGAGGCCAGAAAUGUUCACCUGUAGGUGGUGGCAGUCGCGGUAGCGGCUUAGGUUAUGAAGCUAAUCCUGGAGUUCCACCAGCAACCACGAGUGAUUCCACCAUGGGAAGCUACAGGUGUACUGAGUCCUUUGGGCAGGCAGAAGGUGCUGAGACACUGACUUGGGGACCUGAGAAAGCGGUGUGUCAUGAUGGAUCCAUUAGUGGGACUCAAACCCCAGUUGAAACGAUUGCAGGUCAAUCCACAAGUGGUGGUGCUGCACAAAUCACUGUCUGCCAUUUCCACAAGAGAAAAAGGUAUAGGAAAAGGAAGCGAAUUCCAUAUCUCCCAACUUGGACUCAGAUGGAGGGGCUGAUAAGGGAAUCUCGGAAUACAAUUGAGAGUCAAGGAAACUCUGUGACGCCAGCUACCAUGUUUAUGACAAUGCUGGCCAUUGUAAGUUGCCAGUCAGCUGCAAAGUCCUUGGAUCCCAGUUCCAAUUCAGAAGGUAUACAUCGGUUUUGGUUGAAAAAUAAAGAGGAAGAUGAGGAGAGUGAAUAUGCCCCAGAUGAUCCUGCUGUGUUGGCAAAAGCCAAGCCUGGGGAACAUUCCUUGCCAGAAGAUGAGAAUAUAUGAACAGCCUUGACACUCAGCUCUGAUGCCAACAGUUAGCAGGUGUUCCAGUAUAAUGGGUUUUCUGGGUACAGCAGGAUAGCUGUACCCAGAGAUGUUCUGAAUACUGUAACUUUUUAGUGCACAAAGAAGCCUGUUGAUAACUCACAGGUCUUGAACAAUUUGCAGAGCUUCUGUAGUUAAACUUCCUGAACUUGAAACUCUAUGUAAUAAACAUGUGGAGCUAGUUCUGGCCCACUGUUCCUCCAUCAGAGGACAGUGUCCCACCUGGCCCCAGCUUUACUUAAAAA